AAAGCACUUUGAAUUGCCUUGUUGCUGAAAAUGUGCUAUAUUAAUAAAAUUACCUUACCUUACCCAGCUCGCAAGUGAAAGUUGAAUGUUUGACAUUUAAACAUUCGAAUGUUGAAUUUUAAUGUUGUCUGAACAUUCGCUCCAAAUUCACUUGUCCCGUCUACAUUCACUUUAAAAUCGUUUCUUCCAAACCAUGAAAUCACCGGGACAUCAAAUUCUGGAUAAUUCAUCUGUAACAUUGUUUCCUUUCCCUAAAAUAACAUGAGAUUUAUUUUAUGUACCAAUUUCUAAAUUCUGGAAUGUUGUCAUUUUACAGAUUUGAUUUUCUUUGUGAGAUAUUUUAAUCUAUUUUUGUUUACCAAGAACUGAAUUAAGAAUUUCUUGUAUUUUUAUUAAUCAUUUGCAUUUAUUUUUUCUAUGAUUAUGUUGCCUCUAAAUACAGUUUUAGGGAUCAAUGAAUUGGCUACUUUUUAUUGAAAAAAUUAUGUUAGACGAAAUACUGAAAGCUAGAUAAAGAUGCUUGAAAACAUGAAAACAAAACUUAGGUAUGUGAUGAUAUGCACAAAGUAAAAGUAUGAAGAAGCAAAACUUAAGUCAGUGUGACUCCAUUUUGCUCCCCUGGCCAUUACGUGAAUGUGUUAUUCUGAUCUCCCACCACCAGGUGGCGGUGUAGGUAUUUACCACAGGUUUCAGUGACACCGAGAUCACUAUUUUGGUCCUGACAGUGAACCAAACUAUGUGACAGCCAGUAUGAGGUAAUGGGAGUUCUUUAAAACUAUUUGAAGCCGAAGCUAUACUCAGAACCCGUUUUAAACAGAUAUUUCCUGUAACUCAACCCUUUCAGUGUAUUAUUGUCACCUCUGGUUCUUAGAAGUAAUGCCUCACAAACAACUGAACUCAUGACAGAUUUAUUAGACAACAUAACCAAAUGUGCAAAAUGUGUCUUUGUGUUUCUGUUCCUUAUUCUAUUACUCUGAAGAACAGAUGGCACACAUUUGAAACACUAUUAACUUUAUGCCUUAGAAUAUGAUUUAAUUGCAAAUAAUUAAUAAUAGGACCACUAAAGUAAACUCAGUGAUCAAACCAAAGCUAAGCUCAGUGUGAAAACAGAAAUGAAACCAACAUUUGUUUAUAACAUCUCUAAUAUAGAAAUGUUAGUCGAGGUAAUUAAAAAUAAUUUGAAUAUAUUUUAGUACAAAGAUUUGAUGCAAACUGUUUGAAGUUAAAGAGUUUCUCACAGUGAGCGAUUCUAUAAAAAGAAUUUAUUAGAUUUAUGAAAAUAAGGAAUCUAACAAACUCUGCAAAUUUGUCAAGACAGAACUAUAAAACUACUUCUGUUAAUUAGCAAUUUAUUCCAGGCUGGACUUUUUGGUCUCUCCACUUUUUCAGUACAUCUAUAAAAUUGCACACAACAUCCUGAAAAAAGAGCAUCAGUUGUAUGUUUUAUACAAUGGAUGACUUGAAAACAGUUGCAAUAAUUAGUCAGACAGAAAGAUUGGAGGAAUAUGGUAUAGAUUCAGAUCUUGUUGUGAAGAUCUGCCUCACUCCAUGUCUGUCUUUGCCAGAGAUUUUUUAUUGCUACUGACGCAUAAAUAUGAUCAAGUAUUGAUUGAUUUAUUGCUUAAUGGCCUCUAUGGAGGUCAUUAAGCUUUUCACUCAGGUGUAUUAGUGUCACAACACUGGCCCUGUAGGUCUGGAGAUGAACAAACCAAUAGUGUUGUAGGACUAGAGAUCAUUUUUUGAUGGCCUCUUAGAUUAUGUCUGUGCCUCUAUGGAAAUUGUUUUCACAAGUUCUACAAACGUAGAACGUUUGAAAACCACAUGAGGGUGAAAUAAUUUUCUUUUACCCUCACAAAACAAACCUUUGCUUUUUCUAAAGGGCAGAUUGGUAUUCAAGUGAGUGAAAAAAAGUUUUGUUUGUUUAAAUGAAGAAUGUAGUUUGUCAGAAAGUUCAGUGUGAAAAACAAGGAAAUGCUGGCUAAACUCAGAUCUAUGCUGAGAUAAUCUGCACAGAUUGACUCUGACUAUGUCAGCUUGCUUGUUCACAAAGCCAAUGAUGAUUUAAAGAUUAAUAUAAAAUGUCCUUUUUUGUUUGUUAAUGUGUCUGUUUUACGUUUAACUGUAGUUUUCUUUGUUUUACAUUUUACAGAGCUUUAUUGUGGAAAAACAAUACUUUAUUUGGAUUUUCAGAGAUACUUCAUUGUUAAGACAAUACUCAUCUGUUUCUUUUUUUUCUAAGCUUCAAAUAAAAUAUGUGUUCUGUCCUUCCAGCUUCUUUAGCUUUCUGUUUGAAUCUUCCAACUAUUUCACUGCAACAAAUGAAACAGCUUCACCAGACAUUAUUUUGGUAAAUUAUAUCUUGUGAUAAGAAGAGGUUUGUGGGUUUAUUUAAAGAGAUGUUCUUUUUAUCAUAUUUAUCUUUGAAUCAUAUUUAUGCUCCAACAUGCUCAAGGUUGGCACUCUGGCUUUGUAGUAGCAGGUGAGCCCAACAAUCCAGCCUCUAAUCCAGUUUAACACCAAGAUAUUUACAUUUUACUCAUGAUAAAAAAAUGUUUGACCUUUUUUGUCUUUUCUACAGUUUAUAAUGACCCAAUUUAUUUAGUUUUCUUCAAGAUUGUUCUCACACCAUGGAUUUAAGCAUUUUGCCCAUUUUGCACAAAGUUUCUUGUUCACCUCUGAUAGACCCAGAAAGCUGCAAAAAUAAUCUGAAUAUUUAUACAGAUGACUGGACUCUGACUUUUACUAGAAGUUUGACAUUGAGUGAAAACACUCAGAGUACAAUCUCCUCUGCUGCUCCUGUGCUGCUGACGACCUGCUUACAUGAUCUUUUAGUCUCACAAAUUAUAAUAUUGGCAAUAGACUUUAGAUUUUUUUUAAAAAGCCUUAAUGCAAAGUGAAUUUCUAUGAACUCUGGUGUUGAUAAAUACUAGUGCAACAAAUAACAUUUCUCUGCUUUGUUGCCUGAUAUCUUUUUUUUUUUAAACUAUGAUAUUCCUCAUUCCUGUUCUGUCAGAUGCUGGUAACUGUUUGCCACACCCAACUCAAAUGCCUAUAAACAUGCAGUACUUCUCAAGAUUUUGUUAAGGUGUGCUUUGCAGCUUAUAGGUUACUAGCACACAACUUGUAAAAGUUGUGAAAUGCAUUCAUAGUGUUUGGAUUUAGAAGAUAUUAUCUAGAUACUUUAUUUUUUCUCAAGGUUUUACUGAUGGAUUUCAGGCUCAUCCUGUUUGGGCUCACAGGCGCCCUGCUCAGUGUUGCCUGUGGCCAAAGCCAUCAGUACUACUUUGUGAACACUUCACUUAAUUGGACAGAAGCUCAGAGCGUCUGCAGACGGGACUACACUGAUCUGGUCACCAUUGAAAGCUCAGCUGAUGUUGAUGAUUUUCUAAGUACCACCUCCAAUAAUACAGGCAAGGCCUGGAUAGGUCUUUAUGAUGACACAAUAAACAGCUGGAAAUGGUCCCUAAAUGACAGCAGCUUCUACGAUCCUGGAGAAUAUUCAUUUAGGAACUGGGGACCUAGCCAACCCGAUAAUAAUUUUGGACAACAGCAUUGUGUUAGAUUUUGCGGUUCAAGUUAUCUCCCUGUGGGCCAAUGGGAUGAUAUUGGGUGCAUGGAGACAAUGCAAUUUGUGUGCUAUAAUGGUACAGUAGGUGGAUCACCAUCCUAUGUUUUGAGUAACAUUUCACUAAACUGGACAGAAGCUCAGAAAUUCUGCCGUGCGAAUUAUGUUGACCUGGCCAGUGUACGAAAUCAGACAGAAAAUGAAAUCAUCAGAACCCUAAUAGGUGCCAGCAAUGUUUGGAUUGGACUGUAUCGGGAAAAGCUGUGGUCUGAUGGAAGCACCUCUCUGUUUCGAAACUGGGCGGAUGGCGAACCCAAUGAGCUCUCUGGUGAUCAGUGUGUUGCUGGAUCAUUUAGUGACUCUGGAAGAUGGUCGGAUGAAAGUUGCAGCCUGAGUUUGCCAUUUGUCUGCUACAAACCAAUCCCACCAAAUGCAGAAGGAUUUACAGCUUCAGCACAAAAUGAGAGCAGCAUCACUCUGCAGUGGAAUAAAAUCAACAUCAACACCAGUUUUGUUCUCCAGUUUAAAGGUGUGGAGACAUUCAUCAGAGCACCAGAUGGAGAUGGACCAGUGACUCACACAGUCUCAUCUCUCACUCCUGGAACAAACUAUACAUUCACUCUAUUCUCUGUUCUUGACAACGUCAGGAGCAGUGGAGUCAGUAUUACUGCAGCUACUGGCACAGACUGCAUCACCACCAAUGGAGUUAUUGAAUGUCUUGACCCCUGUGACACCUACACUGUACUGAACGAUACAUGGCGUUCAACAGAGAAUACUGUCUAUUCAUCUAUACACUGUGACCGGUACAUUGCCUGGAGUGGUUGGUAUCGCUUUUAUUUGGGUCAGACCAGCGCUCAGAUACCAGAGAAAUGUGUGGCAGAAAACAGAUGUGGAACUGCUGCUCCUUUGUGGAUAAACGGGACUCAUCCAGUCCAACUUAAUGAAAUUGUAACACGCAAUGUGUUUGGUUCCUGGUGGGGUUCCUGCUUCUCUUUUGCCUCAAACGCCAUCCAGAUCAAACUUUGUUAUGGAUACUACGUCUACAAACUUCAGCAGCCGUCUGGAUGUACGCUGGCAUAUUGUGCAGAACCUCAACCCUUCAGAGUAUUGACACAAGAUGAGACCAGCAUCACUCUGAUGUGGAACAAGAUGAACAACAACUUUAGCUUUGUUCUCCAGUUUAACGGCACAGAGACAAACAUCAGUGCACCAGAUGCAGAUGGACCAGUAACUUACACAGUCACAUCUCUGACUGCUGGAACUAGAUACACAUUCACUCUUUUCUAUGUGUUUGACAAUGUGAGAAACAGUGGAGAGCAACUGUCAGCUGUCACUGCUCCUCGAAAUGCAAAAGGAUUUAUGAAGUCAGGACAAGAUGAGAGCAGCAUCACUCUGCAGUGGAAUAAAAUCAACAACAGCACCAACUUUGUUCUCCAGUAUGACGGCACAGAGAUAUUCAUCAGAGCACCAGAUGGAGAUGGACCAGUGAUCCACACAGUCUCUUUUCUCACUGCUGGAACUAGAUACACAUUCACUCUCUUCUCUGUUCUUGACAACGUCAGGAGCAGUGGAGUCAGCAUUACUGCAUUUACUGGCACAGACUGCAUCACCACCAAUGGAGUUGUUCAAUGCCUUGACCCCUGUGUGAACUACACUGUACUGAACGAUACAUGGCGUUCAACAGAGAAUACAGUUGACUACUUUUCAUAUAUACACUGUGACUGGUCCAUUUCCUGGAGUGGUUGGUAUCGCUUUUAUUUGGGUCAGACCAGCGCUCAGAUACCAGAGAAAUGUGUAGCAGCAAACAGAUGUGGAACUUCUGCUCCUUUGUGGAUAAACGGGACUCAUCCAGUCCAACUUAAUGAAAUUGUAACUCGCAAUGUGUUUGGUUCCCGGUCGGGUUCCUGCUUCUAUUUUGCCCCAAACACCAUCCAGAUCAAACUUUGUUAUGGAUACUACGUCUACAAACUUCAGCAGCCGUCUGAAUGUUAUCUGGCAUAUUGUGCAGAACCUCAACCCUUCAGAGUAUUGACACAAGAUGAGACCAGCAUCACUCUGAUGUGGAACAAGAUGAACAACAACUUUAGCUUUGUUCUCCAGUUUAACGGCACAGAGACAAACAUCAGUGCACCAGAUGGAGAUGGACCAGUAACUUACACAGUCACAUCUCUGACUGCUGGAACUAGAUACACAUUCACUCUCUUCUAUGUGUUUGACAAUGUGAGAAGCAGUGGAGGGCAACUGACAGUUGUCACUGUGCCAGAAAAUGCAAAAGGCUUCAGAGCAUCAGAACAAGAUGAGAGCAGCAUCACUCUGCGGUGGAAUAAAGUCGGCAGCAACAUCAACUUUGUUCUCCAGUAUGACGGCACAGAGACAUUCAUCAGAGCACCAGAUGGAGAUGGACCAGUGACCUACACUGUCGCAUCUCUGACUGCUGGAACUAGAUACACAUUCACUCUUUUCUCUGUUCUUGACAAUGUCAAGAGCAGUGGAGUCAGUAUUACUGCAGCUACUGGCACAGACUGCAUCACCACCAAUGGAGUUGUUCAAUGCCUUGACCCCUGUGUGAACUACACUGUACUGAACGAUACAUGGCGUUCAACAGAGAAUACAGUUGACUACUUUUCAUAUAUACACUGUGACUGGUCCAUUUCCUGGAGUGGUUGGUAUCGCUUUUAUUUGGGUCAGACCAGCGCUCAGAUACCAGAGAAAUGUGUGGCAGAAAACAGAUGUGGAACUGCUGCUCCUUUGUGGAUAAACGGGACUCAUCCAGUCCAACUUAAUGAAAUCGUAACUCGCAACGUGUUUGGUUCCUGGUAUGGUUCCUGCUUCUCUUUUGCCUCAAACGCCAUCCAGAUCAAACUUUGUUAUGGAUAUUACGUCUACAAACUUCAGCAGCCGUUUGGAUGCAACCUGGCAUAUUGUGCAGAACCUCAACCCUUCAGAGUAUUGACACAAGAUGAGAGCAGCAUCACUCUGAUGUGGAACAAGAUGAACAACAGCACCAGCUUUGUUCUCCAGUUUAAAGGCACAGAGACAAACAUCAGUGCACCAGAUGGAGAUGGACCAGUAACUUACACAGUCACAUCUCUGACUGCUGGAACUAGAUACACAUUCACUCUUUUCUAUGUGUUUGAGAACAUAAGAAGCAGUGGAGGGCAACUGACAGCUGUCACUGUCCCACCAAAUGCAGAAGGCUUUACAGCUUCAGCACAAAAUGAGAGCAGCAUCACUCUGCAGUGGAAUAAAAUCAACAUCAACACCAGCUUUGUUCUCCAGUUUGAUGGUGUGGAGACAUUCAUCAGUGCACCAGAUGGAGAUGGACCAGUGAUCCACACCGUCUCUUUUCUCACUGCUGGAACAAACUAUACAUUCACUCUCUUCUCUGUUCUUGACAACGUCAGGAGCAGUGGAGUCAGGAUUACUGCAGCUACUGCCCCCCAAAAUGCAGAAGGCUUCACAUCACUGACACAGGAUGAGACCAGUAUCACUCUGCAGUGGGAAAUUGUCAAUAACAAUGUCAGCUUCAUCCUCCAAUAUAAUGAAACAGAGUUGAAUAUAGCACCACCUGCUGGACAACAACCAUUACUUCUGAGAGUUUCAUCUCUCACUGCUGGAACCAAAUACACAUUCACUCUCUUCUCUGUGUUUGAGAACGUCAGAAGCAGUGGAGUCAGCAUUGCUGCAGUGACUGCUCCUGAAAAUGCAGAGGGCUUCAGAGCAAAAGAACAAAAUGAGACCAGCAUCACUCUGCAGUGGAAUAAAAUCAACAACAGCACCAGCUUUGUUCUCCAGUUUAACGGCACAGAGACAAACAUCAGUGCACCAGAUGGAGAUGGACCAGUGAACCAUACAGUCACAUCUCUCACUGCUGGAACCAAAUAUACAUUCAUACUCUACCAUGUGUUUAUGAAUGUUAGAAGCAGUGCUGUAAACAUCACAGUUGCUACUGCUCCUACAAAUGCAGAAGGUUUGAGAGCAUCAGAACAAGAUGAGAGCAGCAUCACUCUGCAGUGGAAUAAAAUCAACAACAGCACCAGCUUUGUUCUCCAGUUUAAUGGAUCAGAGACAUUCAUCACAGCACCAGAUGGAAAUGGACCAGUGAACUACACAGUCUCAUCUCUCACUGCUGGAACCAAAUACACAUUCACUCUCUUCUCUGUGUUUGAGAACGUCAGAAGCAGUGGAGUACAAUUUGAAGCUGUCACUGCCCCCCAAAAUGCAGAAGGCUUCACAUCACUGAGACAGGAUGAGACCAGUAUCACUCUGCAGUGGGAAAUUGUCAAUAACAAUGUCAGCUUCAUCCUCCAAUAUAAUGAAACAGAGUUGAAUAUAGCACCACCUGCUGGACAACAACCAUUACUUCUGAGAGUUUCAUCUCUCACUGCUGGAACCAAAUACACAUUCACUCUCUUCUCUGUGUUUGAGAACGUCAGAAGCAGUGGAGUCAGCAUUGCUGCAGUGACUGCUCCUGAAAAUGCAGAGGGCUUCAGAGCAAAAGAACAAAAUGAGACCAGCAUCACUCUGCAGUGGAAUAAAAUCAACAACAGCACCAGCUUUGUUCUCCAGUUUAACGGCACAGAGACAAACAUCAGUGCACCAGAUGGAGAUGGACCAGUGAACCAUACAGUCACAUCUCUCACUGCUGGAACCAAAUAUACAUUCAUACUCUACCAUGUGUUUAUGAAUGUUAGAAGCAGUGCUGUAAACAUCACAGUUGCUACUGCUCCUACAAAUGCAGAAGGUUUGAGAGCAUCAGAACAAGAUGAGAGCAGCAUCACUCUGCAGUGGAAUAAAAUCAACAACAGCACCAGCUUUGUUCUCCAGUUUAAUGGAUCAGAGACAUUCAUCACAGCACCAGAUGGAAAUGGACCAGUGAACUACACAGUCUCAUCUCUCACUGCUGGAACCAAAUACACAUUCACUCUCUUCUCUGUGUUUGAGAACGUCAGAAGCAGUGGAGUACAAUUUGAAGCUGUCACUGCCCCCCAAAAUGCAGAAGGCUUCACAUCACUGAGACAGGAUGAGACCAGUAUCACUCUGCAGUGGGAAAUUGUCAAUAACAAUGUCAGCUUCAUCCUCCAAUAUAAUGAAACAGAGUUGAAUAUAGCACCACCUGCUGGACAACAACCAUUACUUCUGAGAGUUUCAUCUCUCACUGCUGGAACCAAAUACACAUUCACUCUCUUCUCUGUGUUUGAGAACGUCAGAAGCAGUGGAGUCAGCAUUGCUGCAGUGACUGCUCCUGAAAAUGCAGAGGGCUUCAGAGCAAAAGAACAAAAUGAGACCAGCAUCACUCUGCAGUGGAAUAAAAUCAACAACAGCACCAGCUUUGUUCUCCAGUUUAACGGCACAGAGACAAACAUCAGUGCACCAGAUGGAGAUGGACCAGUGAACCAUACAGUCACAUCUCUCACUGCUGGAACCAAAUAUACAUUCAUACUCUACCAUGUGUUUAUGAAUGUUAGAAGCAGUGCUGUAAACAUCACAGUUGCUACUGCUCCCGCAAAUGUAGGGGGCUUCAGGCAGUCAGACCAAGAUGAGAGCAGCAUCACUCUGCAGUGGAAUAAAAUCAACAUCAACACCAACUUUGUUCUCCAGUUUAACGGCACAGAGACAUUCAUCAGAGCAGCAGAUGGAAAUGGACCAGUGACUUACACAGUCUCAUCUCUCACUGCUGGAACCAAAUACACAUUCACUCUCUUCUCUGUGUUUGAGAACGUCAGAAGCAGUGGAGUACAAUAUGAAGCUGCAACUGCAUCUAAAAAUGCAGAAGGCUUCAGGUCAUCAGAUCAAGAUGAGAGCAGCAUCACUCUGCAGUGGAAUAAAAUCAACAACAACACCAGUUUUGUUCUCCAGUUUAACAGCAUGCAGACAUUCAUCAGAGCACCAGAUGGAGUUGGACCAGUAACUCACACCGUCUCAUCUCUAGCUGCUAGAACCAGAUACACAUUCACUCUCUUCUCUGUGUUUGAGAACAUCAAAAGCAGUGGAGUACAACUUGCUGCUGUCACUGCACCUAAAAAUGCAGAGGGCUUCAGACCAUCAGAACAAGAAGAGACCAGCAUCACCCUGCGGUGGAAUAAAGCCGGCGACAACAUCAACUUUAUUCUGCAGUUUAACGGCACAGAGACAAACAUCAGAGCGCCAGAUGGAGAUGGACCAGUGAACCAUACAGUCACAUCUCUGACCCCUCGUACAAACUACACAUUCACUCUUUUCUCUGUGUUUGAAAAUGUCAGAAGCAGUGGAGUCAGCAUACUUGCAGCUACUGGUCCAAAUUAUGUUUUGGGAUUUAAUCUGAGGUUGGAGCUUCCCAGCACAAUGACAGAAUCAGAGAUAGAAGAUGCUUUGAUAGAGCUCCUCAGAAAAUAUAAUCUGCCGCCACAGCUUACUCUGAAAAUCGUUUCUUCCAAACCAUGAAAUCACCGGGACAUCAAAUUCUGGAUAAUUCAUCUGUAACAUUGUUUCCUUUCCCUAAAAUAACAUGAGGUUUAUUUUAUGUACCAAUUUCUAAAUUCUGGAAUGUUGUAAUUUCACUGAUUUGAUUUUCUUUUGCGAGAUAUUUUAAUCUAUUUUUGUUUACCAAGAACUGAAUUAAGAAUUUCUUGUAUUUUCAUUAAUAAUUUGCAUACAUUUCUUCUAUGAUUAUGUUGCCUAUAAACACAGUUUUAGGGAUCAAUGAAUUGGUUUCUUUUUAUUGAAAAAAUUAUGUUAGACAAAAUACUGAAAGCUAGAUGCUUAAAAAACAUGAAAACAAAAACUUAGGUAUCUGAUGAUAUGCACAAAGUAAAAGUAUGAAGAAGAAAAACUUAAGUCAGUGUGACUCCAUUUUGUUCCCCUGGCCAUUACGUGAAUGUGUUAUUCUGGUCUCCCACCACCAGGUGGCGGUGUAGGUAUUUACCACAGGUUUCAGUGACACCGAGUUCAGUAUUUUGGUCCUGACAGUGACAACCAAACUAUGUGACAGCCAGUAUGAGGUAAUGGGAGUUCUUUAAAACUAUUUGAAGCCGAAGCUAUACUCAGAACCCGUUUUUAAACAGAUAUUUCCUGUAACUCAACCCUUUCAGUUUAUUAUUGUCACCUCUGGUUCUUAGAAGUAAUGCCUCACAAACAACUGAACUCAUGACAGAUUUAGGAGACAACAUAACCAAAUGUGCAAAAUGUGUCUUUGUGUUUCUGUUCCUUAUUCUAUUACUCUGAAGAACAGAUGGCACACAUUUGAAACACUAUUAACUUUAUGCCUUAGAAUAUGAUUUAAUUGCAAAUAAUUAAUAAUAGGACCACUAAAGUAAACUCAGUGAUCAAACCAAAGCUAAGCUCAGUGUGAAAACAGAAAUAAAACCAACAUUUGUUUAUAACAUCUCUAAUAUAGAAAUGUCAGUCAAGGUAAAUAAAAAUAAUUUGAAUAUAUUUUAAUACAAAGAUUUGAUGCAAACUGUUUGAAGUUAAAGAGUUUCUCACAGUGAGCGAUUCUAUAAAAAUAAUUUAUUAGAUUUAUGAUAAUAAGGAAUCUAACAAACUCUGCAAAUUUGUCAGGACAGAACUAUAAAACUACUUCUGUUAAUUAGCAAUUUAUUCCAGGAUGGACUUUUUGGUCUCUCCACUUUUUCAGUACACCUAUAAAAUUGCAAACAACAUCCUGAAAAAAGAGCAUCAGUUGUAUGUUUUAUACAAUGGAUGACAUGAAAACAGUUGCAAUAAUUAAUCAUAGACAAAAAGAUUGGAGGAAUAUGUAGAAUAGAUUCAGAUCUUGUUGUGAAGAUCUGCCUCACUCCAUGUCUGUCUUUGCCAGAGAUUUUUUAUUGCUACUGACACAUAUGAUCAAGUAUUGAUUGAUUUUCUGCCUUUUAGAUUGUGUCUGUGCCUCUAUGGACGUCAUUAAGCAUUUCACUCAGGUGUAUUAGUCCCCCAACACUGGCCCUGUGGGUCUGGAGAUGAACAAACCAAUAUUGUUUUGUUGGACUAGAGACCAUUUUUUGAUGGCCUCUUAGAUUAUGUCUGUGCCUCUAUGGAAAUUGUUUUCCCAAGUUCUACGAACGUAGAACGUUUGAAAACCACAAAACAAACCUCUGCUUUUUAUAAAGGGCAGAUUGGUAUUCAAGUGAGUGAAAAAAAAGUUUUGUUUGUUUAAAUGAAGAAUGUAGUUUGUCAGAAAGUUCAGUGUGAAAAACAAGGAAAUGCUGGCUAAACUCAGAUCUAUGCUGAGAUAAUCUGCACAGAUUGACUCUGACUAUGUCAGCUUGCUUGUUCACAAAGCCAUGGAUGAUUUAAAGAUUACUAUAAAAUGUCCUUUUUUUUGUGUUAAUGUGUCUGUUUUAUGUUUCACUAUAGUUUUCUUUCUUUUACAUUUUACAGAGCUUUAUUGUGGAAAAACAAUACUUUAUUUGGAUUUUCAGAGAUACGUCAUUGUUAAGACAAUACUCAUCUGUUUCUUUCUCUGUUUAAAUCAUUAUUAAAUUUGCUGUUCCAAGUUGA